AUGGACGACCCCCAAGAGGCUUGGCUGCCUCUUACAGAAUCGAGAAAUGGCAAUGUCGCUACUGCAGUGUUCCAUUUGUUAUCUUCAGGAAUCGGAAUCCAGGCCCUUCUACUUCCAGUAGCUUUCGCCACUCUCGGAUGGGUAUGGGGGGCAAUAAGCUUGUCCCUAGCAUUUACAUGGCAGCUCUACACCAUAUGGACUCUUGUCCAACUGCACGAACCAAUUCCUGGAAUUAGAACUCGAUACAGCAGAUAUUUACAGCUUGCUAUAGCCGCCUUUGGUCCAAAGCUUGGAAAGUUGCUAGCAAUAUUUCCCGUAAUGUACCUCUCAGGGAGCACAUGUAUCAUGCUGAUUAUAAAAGGAGCUGGAGUUAUGGAGCUUCUCUUCAAGCUAAUGUGUGAAGGUGGGGCUACAUGCGAUGCCAAGUCUUUGACCGGGGCAGAGUGGUUCCUGGUCUUCACUUGCAUGGCUAUAGCAUUGGCUCAGCGACCUAACUUGAAUUCCAUUGCUGGGUUCUCACUAGUUGGUGCCAUGAGUGCCAUUGGGUAUUGUACUCUGAUUUGGGCACUGCCCAUUUCCAAGGACAGGCCCAGUGGCGUGUCUUAUGACUCACGCGAGGGGGGAUCUACCAUGGCUGGAAUGUUUGAUGUCUUGAAUGCAAUUGGUAUAAUUGUGCUUGCUUUCAGGGGUCAUAAUCUUGUGCUUGAGAUUCAGGGAACAUUGCCUUCAAGCUUAACAAAUCCAUCCAAAAGGACGAUGUGGAGAGGGGUGAGUGUCUCGUACAUCAUGAUAGCCAUGUGUCAGUUUCCUCUAGCAAUAGCUGGAUUUUGGGCUUAUGGAAACAAGAUACCUUCGAAUGGAGGGAUGUUGACUGCAUUUAUGCAGUUCCAUGGACACGACACAUCAAGAUUUGCGAAGGGCCUUGUAUACCUGCUAGUAGUGAUUAACUGCCUUAGUUCAUUCCAAAUCUACGCCAUGCCAGUUUUCGACAACCUGGAAUUUAGGUACAUUAGCAUGAAGAACAGGCGAUGUCCGUGGUGGGUUCGCAUUGGUUUUCGACUCUUCUUCGGAGGAUUGGCCUUCUUCAUAGCUGUGGCUCUUCCUUUUCUGCCAAGCCUAGCUCCUUUAGUUGGAGGGAUCACCUUACCCUUAACACUAGCUUAUCCAUGUUUCAUGUGGAUCUUGAUUAAGAAACCCCAUCAAAAAGGUCACGAUGCCUUGUGGUGUCUUAAUCUAGGACUUGGAUGCUUAGGCAUUGUUCUAAGUGUUCUAUUGGUAGUUGCCGCAGCAUGGAAUUUGGCUAUCAAAGGCCUACAUGCCAGCUUCUUCAAACCCCUAUGA